CAGUAUUUAGCAAGCAAAGCCCGAGCAGUAAAGAUGAAGCCGUACAUACUAUUGGCUAUAAUAAUUAUUAUUUCGCUAGCUAAUGGGGCUAGCGUCUUUAAAAAACGAGAACCUAAAAAGAAGGUGCGCUAUGACAACUAUAGGGUUUUUAAGAUAAAGUAUAAAAGCCCCAUGCAGCGACAAAGUCUGCUCGACCUAACAAAACUAAAGCAAAACUUCAGCCUGUGGCACGAUGACGGCUCUGAGUGUAAUCUGAUGGUCGCGCCAAGUGCAUUGCCCCUAUUCGAGGAGAGAUUAAGACUUGUCAACGCAACGGCUGAAAUGUUUAUUGCCAAUGUGCAGGAUUUGAUUGACCAGGAGAACGAAGCGGGCACAAGAGCUGAUGCCACUUUUGGCUGGACACGCUACCACAACUUGACUGAAAUCGACGCUUGGCUGGAUACGAUUCUGGCAAAUCACCCAGAAGUUACCAUGGGCUUUGUCCUUGGCCAGUCCUAUGAAGGUCGGGAUAUACGCGGACUACGCAUCUCGUAUAAAUGGGGUAAUCCAGGCGUGUUCAUUGAAUCUAAUAUUCAUGCACGUGAAUGGAUCACCUCAGCCACGGCCACAUGGUUGAUCAAUGAGCUGCUCACCUCGAAAGACGAAUCGGUGCGUGAAUUAGCCGAGAGCCACGAUUGGUACAUUAUCCCAGUUCUGAAUGUAGACGGGUUUGUUUACACGCACGAAACGGAUCGCCUAUGGCGCAAAACACGACAGCCGUCUCUGAUUUCUGAUUGUAUCGGUGUUGAUGCAAAUCGGAACUUCGACUCGCAUUGGAUGGAGAAUGGCGGAGCUUCUUCGGAUCCCUGCGACGAAACCUAUGCUGGGCCGUAUCCUCUUUCGGAGCCAGAGAUUAAAGCAAUGUCGGAUUUUAUUAGCAUCCUUAAGCAUAAAAUGAAUGUCAUGCUGGCCUUUCACUCCUAUAGUCAGCUGUUGUUGUCACCUUAUGGUCACACAGCGGAGGAGUUUCCCGAUAACUACAAUGACUUGAUGCUUGUGGCGAAGGCAUACAGUGAUGCCGUCAACGGACUGCCCUAUGGCACAAUCUAUAAAUAUGGAUCGUCAGCUGGCAUUCUUUAUCCGGCCUCAGGUGCUACUAACGAUUGGGCAUACAAUGAACAGGAUAUCAAAAUUUCCUAUACCAUUGAGUUUCGUGACACUGGGAAUUUUGGCUUUGUAUUGCCAGCAGCCUUUAUAAAGCCCAAUGCAGAAGAAACAUUGAUAGGCAUUAUGGCUCUUCUAGCAGAAUCGAAAAGGUUGGGAUAUUUAGAACCAAAAUAUACAUUUGAUGGCAUAUGAACCAAAAUACCCAUAAAAGAAUAAAUAUAUUUAUAUAUCACC